AGAGCUGAUGGGGAGGAGUCGGCACUGGGAGCGGGACGGGAGGAAAAGGAAACUCUUCGUUUGCCUCGUGGUCUCGGAGCCAUGGCCGCUCUCAAUCCCUGCAAGAGGUUUUGGGACGAGAAAGCAACUUGCCCUCUUUGCCAGCGCUUCUUCACAGAGCCUGUAAUGCAGGAUUGCGGGCACAACUUCUGCUCCUUCUGCAUUAACAAAUUCUGGCGGGAGUCAAACCGAUGCAUCUGUCCUCUGUGCGAACAGAUCAUUCAGCCGUGGACCAUGAGGGAGAACACGGAGCUGGUCAGUCUCGUUGUAUUAGCCCAAGAGUUGAGUGCUCGGGCGAAGGAGGAAGCAGAAGCACGGGGAGUCUGCGAGAUGCACCAGGAGCCCCUGGCGCUCUUCUGCAAGGACCACGAGGCCCUCGUCUGUGUGCUGUGUCACCGAUCCAUGGAGCACCAACCUCACCGUGUGGUUCCUGUGGAGGAGGCGGCCCCGGGGUACAAGGAUCAGAUCUGCACUUCUCUGGAGAGGAUGAGGAAGAGGAGAGAAGAAAUUACCACAUUUAAAGCAAACACGGAGAAGGAACACAAAGGUCUCCUUAAGCAAACAGCAGCCCAGAAGCAGAAGAUGGAGGCUGAAUUCCGACAGCUACACCAGCUUCUGGUAGAAGAAGAGAAAAAUCAGAUGGUUAAGAUAGAAGAGGUGGAGAAGGAGAUUGCAAGAAAAAUGGACGAAGUGAUGACUAGCGUGACGAGGAUGCUCUCCCUUCUUGAAAAACCCAUCCAGGAGAUGGAGAAAAAAUGUCAGCAGUCAGCAAGUGAACUUAUGCAGAGUGUUAGCAACACCUUGCAGAGGGGUCAGAAGGUCAUAUCUAUUGUUCAUAGGUUUUUUUGUGUCACACCUUUUCCUUGUGCUCUGAAGGGGAGAAUCCGGGACUUGUGUGAUAUAAAUCCCUUCCUGAAGCAAAUCAGAGACAAUCUGGUAUCUGAAUUUCAGCCACAGAAAGCCAAUGUCACUCGGGAUCCGGAUACAGCUCAUCCCCGACUCAUCCUGGCUGAGGAUCGUAAAAGUUUCUCUUGCUGAUUUUUCUCUUGCUUGUGGUGAACAAACUGCCCCCACCCCAGGCAGCAAAAGAUAAAGGUGUGACAACAAGUCUUUGUCAUCAUUCGUUCCACCUGAGAGUUUGCAGGAAUAUAACUGCCAGGUAACUUCUAUGUGUUUUGUGGAUGCUGAUUUUUAUUAGGGUUUUUAAAAGGUAUUGAUUUGUAUGAGUCACUUUAAGAUUUGAAUCGGCUCCAAAGGAUGAAACAAAAAUGUACAAGUUAAUUAGUCUACAGAUAAGGCAUGGCCACCUCAUGGUGCAGCAGAGAAAUGCUUGACUAACAAGUAGAAGGUUGCCGGUUUGAAUCCCCACUGCUACUAUAUCGGGCAGCAGCAAUAUAGGAAGAUGCUGAAAGGCAUCAUCUCACACUGCGUGGGAGGAGGCAAUGGUAAAUCCCUCCUGUAUUCUACCCAAGAAAACCACAGGAUCUGUGGGUGCCCAGAGUCAAAAUCAACUUGACAGCACACUUCACCUCACAGAUAAGGCCCUUAUUUAACACUGACUUUGGCAAGCAGCUAAUUUGGUUAAUUUAAAGCAUGUGUUAGCUUCAGUCUCCAGGAUAUUUGGAAGGAAAUAGGAAGACUACUGUGACUAACUAACUACCCAAUUAUAGGGGCAACCAACACUUGCAAUCAAUAUUUUACAGGAUAAGAGCAAGAAAGCAAGGAUGAAUUCAAACUUAAAUAAAUAAACAGAACUUAGACAACAGUUCUUAUUCUUAUUUUAACUACCAAUGGCAAAUACAAUUGUUAUUAAAACAAGACAUAAAUAGAAUUGUAAAAUACACUUCUGUGGUGGCUCCCCCUCUCUAGAAUUCCCUCUAGGGAGGUUCCCCCCUACACAAUAAAUUGUGGUUGGGGAUGAUGGGAGUUGUAGUUCAACAACAGCUGGAGAGACUAACUUGCCUAGCCCUGCCUUAGCAUCUUCAUGAUUGUCAUUUAGGCAUCAGGCAACCUUUAUCCUAUUCAGCUGAGGUUUUAAUGAGCAUCAGUGUGUUUUAUUGGUUUCAUUCUGGUGCUUUUAUCUUGUAUGGUUGAUUUUAUUGGCACUGAUGUCUUAUUUUAAAUAUGCUGUGUUUUGGUGAUCUUGACUUUGAUUUCAACUUCCCUGUGGAAUGUCACAAUGAAAAGACUUAACAGCCAUUUCUUUAAAUAAAGUAACUCAAUUAGUAAAUGAGUCUGGUUUGCUUUUCAGCCUGAAGAGAAAACUUUAUUAAAAAGAUACCUGUCGACACAUUUAGAACAUCACCAAAUACAUUAUACAGGAAUAAAGAGAAAUCCUCUUUUAAAAACUCUAUUUAACUGCUUGCUGAUUAACUUCCAGUAUAAAUCAGGGGUUCCCCAGCUGUGUUUUCUCUAAUUUUUUUCAUCAGUGAGUGGAAGUUUUGUUCUGGGCAGCAGUAUCGAGGCAGUGUGUGCACAUGUGCAUUAUUAUGUGCCAACACACACACCACAAAUAUGGAAGGAAAGAAGCACUCUUGCUCCAGUAGGCACCUAUGGAGGAAUCUGGAGGAAAGCCACAGCAGAUUUGUUUGUUAUAUCUUGCCUUUCUGGGAAGCGACACAAAAUGUUUUUAAAUAUUGAAACACCAGUCAUGCUUGAAGGGGGAACUACCAUCACGGUGAUGGCUGGCGCUUCCAUGAGCAGCAAUCUGGAUCACCCAAGGUUGCUGUUCAAAGAAGCUCCAGCCAUCACAGUUACGGCACUUCCCCCUUCACAACAAAAGGAGCCAUGAUUGGAACCAGGAGUGGCUGGCUUGAGGGGGUGAGUGGCCAGGAUUUCCUCGCCAUUCUUGCCACCAUAAGUGUGAGCACUGCUGCCAGGAUAAGGUGUGAAUAGCGCUAUUGGGUCUGGAAGUCCUGAGUUCUUUGGACAAACCCAGCCUGCAAAGCCUGGCACUCCUAAGCCUUGCCUCAGUCUCGGGCUCCUUAGAAAUGUUGCCUCCUGAAAAGCCUGUGAUGGACUGAAACUUCUGCAGGCCCAGGGAUGUGAUACGUGGAUUUCAAUAAUUCUCCAUUUCUUAGGGAGGGUGAAGGUGGUGUAAAACUAAUGCAGGCCAACAGGGAAAACGGCCCCUGGGAACUGUCCUUUAGCCCAGGGUUUCUCACACUAGGAGUCAGGAGGACCCACCAGGAAGUCCCAAGCAACUCAAGAGGGAGCUGUCAGGAGUGCAGGGGCCUUACCCAAUGCUUGGAGAUGGAUGUAGGGAGGCAGAUGGAGACAGAAGCCAGUAACAACUGGGCUCUGUUCACAAAGCCAAAGGCAGGCACAGCCUACUUGUGUGAAUCAGUUUUUUUCAGCAAUUGUUGCUCUAAAGAGCAAUGACUGGUACAGUCAUUCUUAUUGUCUCAUACACACAUAUCGGGGCUGAUGAAAUCGACAUGCACACACUCAGGAAAGGAGAAAUGUCUUGAAAAUAAAGGGCAGCCAUUAAACUUUGAUGGUUUAACUAUUGUUUCUCAGAUAGAUUGGACCUGUUCCCCUAUAUCGUGCUUCUACCCGACAGUGGUUG